CCUUGGAAAAAGAUUUUUUUAUUUAUUUAUUUCCUUUUUUGUGUUGAUAUAUAAGCCGAGUUUAUAAAAGGGAUGUGAAGGGAGGAGAUAACGGGAACGUGUCAGAUGGAGCUCCUUCCUCCUCGGUGCAGCACUGGAAAUGUCCACCACAGUGCAGCCCUGUCCAUGCUUCACUUUCCCGCUAGCCCGACACCUUCAGCUCCAAUCAUUGCACCCCAAGAUGCCCGCCUUUCGUACUUCCUCCCGACUCCAGACGGUGAAUUCUGCAAAGUACGGCCAGUGGGACUCGAACGCUGAAGAGAUGGGGCCGAAUAAGAGAUUCGACUUCGACCCGCGAGACGAGGGUGACCCGAGAAGCGGGAGGAGGAAGAGGCGGUGGUGGUCUGAUGAUCUCGAAGAGGAGGAAGAGGACGAGGACGAGGAGGAGAUGGGGAUUGUGGAGGAAGUGCUUGACAGCAUUUGGAUAUUGAAGGUAUUCAGUUCCUAUGGCUGGACGCUUCCUGUGGUCCUCCUCUCUCUGCUGCUAGCAACAGGUCCCAAAGCAUUUCUGAUGGCCAUGGUAUUACCCCUUGGACAAGCGGCAGCAACUCUUGCAUUCAACCGUUUAUCGGGCAAGAGACGGACCAGACCAAGAGUUCAGCCUAGGAUGCGGAGGAGGAGGAGGAGGAGACGGAAAAGACCGUCAAAUGCUGGAAGUAACUUCAGGAUGGACGGUGGAGGACAAAGAGGACGGAGUUGGAAGAGCAGAAACGAAAACUUGGGAGCUCAAUCACGGGUUGAUAAUGGGAAUAUCUCAACAGAUGGCGGUAAUGGGGCACCGAGUUUUGGUGGAUGGGAAGAAUUGGAUGGGGUGCGAUUCAGAGAAAAGUCUUCUGGAGCAUUUGACCGAUCGAGCGCGAAGAUGAAGGAGCAGAGCAGAAGACACAGUAGCGAGGAGGCGCCCUUGUUGUUGAGGUUACUGAUCGGCAUGUUUCCCUUCUUGGGCUUUUGGACCAAGAUGUUUUGGUGAUGGAUUUCUAGUCGGCGACGACAACAAUAGAUCAGGGCAUCUCAUAAUGUUCGAUAAUUAGCCGGACACGAUCUUCAUGGACCGAUACAAAUGCUUCACGUGUAUUUCACGUCAUUAAUCUCAUCUUGCACUCAGAAUUCCUCACUA